AUGGGCCAAGACUACAGCUACUCUCAGCCUGAUUCCUCAGAUCAAUAUGAUCAAUACUCAAACGACACUGAGCAAAGGGAAAUAGAAGCUUUGAUUCAGAUGGAUGAGGCUGAGAGUAGUUUCAUGAAUGCUCAGGCGAGAGUUUACCCUCCUCAACCUGAGGUUGAGUUUGGAUUCCCGAAGGUUUGCUACUGUGGUGGUCAGCCCCUCUUAUCUACAAGUUACAAUAGACGGUUCUUCACAUGUGGGAAUAUUGAUGAUGGAGAGAUGCAUAUUCACAAGUGGUGGGAUGAAGCUGUCAUGGAGAAGAUGAGAGAGAUGGGCAGACAAUGUGAAGUGUUGUCUCAGAAGGUAGAUAACUUAGCAUUAUCGAGUGACUACGGAUCACACAUGAGUGGUGAAACAUAGCAGAAAAUAUCACGGAUCGAGAAGGAAGUGUUUGAGCUAGGGAAGAUCCGAAAUAGGUUUAUAAUUGGUUUUGAAUUGAUAGCUUCGGUAGCAAUAGUAGGUAUGGUAUUGGUAGCUUUUGUUUUUGGCUAGGUCUCACGGAUCAAUGUGAGUUAUUGGCGUAUUGUAAGUUUUUUGGCAUAUUGGUAUCACGGAUCAAUGUGAGUUAUUGGCGUAUUGUGAAUGUGUCAUGGAUCUUUACGUAUUU